UUUUUUUUCGAGAAUACAAGUAAAGAAGGUUGUGCUUUUCCGUGGAAGGAAGAGUGAAAAAUGGACUUGUGGGUUGUUGCAGCAGCUGCGGGUGCUGGAUAUCUAGCCAAGUACCUGUCAAAGGAGAGGGAAACUGAAGGCUUAUCAGAGUCGUUUUCCGGAGGCUCAACACAUGAUAAAUCCGAGCUCCAGCCUUUGCUGCAACAGCUUCGAGAGCGAGCAUGUUUCCUCCAAAGAUUGUCUGGGAGGCAAUUAGGAGAAAAUGCUACUUCUAGUAGAGAUUCUGCUAGAGAAGACAUUUCAUCUAACUCGGGUUUGAGAUUGUCAGAAGCAAAUGGGUCAGCUGGUGCUUCAGCAACAGAAAUGGCUUCUACUAGUGGCUUUGGUGAUGAAGCUUCACUGAAUUUGCGGGUGUAUGAGGAGUACAAUAUACUUUCUUUAUCAUCUUUGCCUCCAGGGCUCCCUGGAAAGAACAAUUAUGAAGUAGAUGGAAUUGAAGCCACAGGUGAAGUUUGUGAUAAAUCUGAGGAUUUUUUUUCAUCUGAGCCUUCUACAAGAGAGAAACGUUUUUAUAACAGGCACAGCAGAAGCAGAACCUCUCUUAGAAGUAGGCGGCUUCAUCGGUAUUAUUCUAUUAAACCUCUAAGCUCUUUGGAAAGCUGCGCCGCUGCUCAGUUGUACAAGGAGCAUGUUGAAAUGGAUGAAUAUGUAUUUACUCGACUUUCAUCCCCGACUGCACCAACUCUGAGGCCAUUGUUAGUAACAGAUGGAAAACAAAUAAUCAGCAGAGCAAAUGGUGAUUUUUACAGAGUAAAGUUUGGAACUGUAGAAAAUAUGGUGCAGGAGGGAGCUGAAGCAUAUGCAGAAGGGGAGGUAGUGCUGGGGAUUCCACCACUUCCAGAAAUUGGUUCUGUAGAACUCCCAAAGAAACUGAAACAAAGGAGAGGAAAGGGUCACCUUGGAAGAUCAGGCUGUUCCAAUAUGAGAGUCUCUCCAAAAAACUUCCAGUCACAAGGCUCACCAAAUGGAAUGCUUCUAUUCUGCAUUGGAAUCGCUAUUGGUGUUGUGUCUACUGUGAUGACAAACAAAAGAGAGGUGGACAGGUUAAAUGAGUUUUUAAAGCAGACAGAGAACUUGGUUCAAGAUCUACAAGAGGAGCUUGAGAUGAAAGAUUCACUGACUGUGAAGGAGCUAGUUAAUGAGGGUUAUGGAUCCCAAGAAAAUAACCACUUUUCCAUUCAUCAUCAGCCUCCAGCCCCCUUUUUCCCCCAACAGGAACUCACAGAAUCAAUAAAUUGUAAUGGUAAAGAACCAUAUGAUCAGAAGGAAAAUGAGAAGUCAGAGAUAAUGAGUAAAAUUGAAGCAGAGCUUGAGGCUGAACUUGAGAGGCUGGAGCUGAGCAUGUGCUCAUCUGGUGUUCAGAGAACAUUAUGUGGUCUUUUGGAGCUUGAUUCAGAUUUUGAAGCAGACAUUGUUAAGGAAGAACUAAAAGCAGAAAUGAUCAACAGAGGGGCCAGGGUGGAAGAUGAUUCGGACCAAAAUGCAAGUGGCACCUCCACCACUCCCACCCACACUGCAAAUUAUGCAGUCUCACCUCGAGAGCUCAGCUUGCGUCUUCAUAAAGUUGUUCAGGAAAGACUGGAGGAACGCAUCAUGGAGCUUGAGACGGCACUCCAACAAAGUCAACAACGGAUGCACCUAUUGGAAUCAGAGGAGGCCAACUCCCAAAGGGACUUCUCAAACAGUGAAAUAGGAUCAUCAUCUACUCAUGAGAGUCCAACUAUGAGGGAAGAUAGGAAUAACAUAGCCAGGCCCCUGGUUCUAAAUCUAUCAGGGGAAGCACUAGAUGCAUACAAUGAAGCUUACGAGGUAUUCAUGAGGGUAACUGGCCCUGAGGAAGAGAACCCACCAACAACAGUAAGCAACAAUACCAAUAUCUACGAAGAAGGAUUGCAUCCAUUGAAUCAGAGUGAGUUUUGCCAUCAAGACCGAAGUGGGCAAAAUGGGUCUCUGACACACCGUAAGAUCAUUGAAGAUAGACAAUCAAGGAGUUUGGUUCAUGAUAAAAUCAGGUCAUGGGAAGAGACGGUGUCAAGAAGUCGAGGAUCAAGUGAGCUUGGUGAUAGCGAAGAUGAAGAAGAUGAAAUGGGAAAGCUAUUGAUUAAGAAGAUUGUAGAGAAAACUAAGCAAGGUUCUCCUGCUGUUUUAAAUGUUCAAAAGAUGCUCUUCUCAAUGGAUUAGAAAAACAACAUUUCGGUGAGGAAAAUUGAUUUUGGAUAGAGAAUUUAUUUAUUUGAAGGGGAAAAAAAUGAAAGAGAAGGUUUUACUU